AUGCCAUGCAGACACAUGCAGCCAAAAGGACGUGUGGGCCAACUCUCAACAACCAGCUGCAGGGCUCCUAAUUCAUUUUUUCAAGCAAAGGUUCGUGAGAAUAUCAUGGGAAGCAGUGAUGACGUGAAGCCUUCCAAGCUCGAAAAAUCGUCUUCAGUAGCAACCGACAAGAAUAACAUCCACUUAUAUCCUGACUGGGCAGGAAUGCAGGCUUACUAUGGUCCCCGGUUUGCCAUACCACCAUACAUGAACUCAGCUGUUGCUUCUCCUCAUGCUCCUCCACCUUAUAUGUGGGCUCCACCACAGUCUAUGAUGCCUCCUUAUGGGGCUCCAUAUGCUGCAUUCUAUGCGCACGGAGGAGUUUAUGCGCAUCCUGGAGUUCCUAUGGCUAGUACCACUUUGAACAUGGAAACGCCGGCCAAGUCAAUAGGAAACACUGAUGGAAGCUUUGUGAAGAAACUGAAAGAGCCUAAUGGGCUAGCAAUGUCGAUAGGCAAUGGAAGUGGUGAUAGUGCUGAUCAUGGGACUGAACGUAGAACGUCAGACAGUGAGGAGACUGGAGGUUCAAGUGAUGGAAGUAAUGGAGUUACACCGCAGGCUGGUCAGAGGGGCAAGAAGAGAAGUAGGCAAGGAUCUCCUAACAACGGAGAUAUCAAAGCCCCUGAAAAAAGCAGUGAGGCUCCUGCUGUGGAAGUCGGACAAGCUUCUGAGAAGACAGUAGAUGUAAUAACUCCUGCUGCUAAUGUGCCUGUUAAACCAAUAGAGAACACAAACACUGCAUUAGUACUCAAAGAUGUCAAGUCCAGCCCAAUUACUGUUCCUUCUCAAUCGAUGCCAAGUGAAACCUAUUUGCAGAACGAAAAAGAGAUGAAACGGGAGAGGAGAAAACAGUCCAACCGAGAAUCUGCUCGAAGAUCACGCCUUAGAAAACAGGCCGAGACUGAGGAACUAGCUGUCAAGGUGCAGGUGCUGACUGCUGAGAAUAUAACCCUCAAAUCAGAGAUCAAUAAGUUAAUCGAAAGCUCUGAACAUCUGAAGCUUCAAAAUGCCACCCUAAUGGAGAAAUUGAAAGAUGCUGAGCUGGGUCCAGCUGAGGACAACAUGAACCUCGUGAAACUUGAGGACCAGAGGCUAAAACCUGUCGGCACGGUCAACCUACUUGCCAGAGUCAACAACUCCGACUCGGGUGACCGGAGGAACACGGAAGAUAGUGGCGACCCGCAUGAGAAUCGAAGCCCGCGGGCCAAGCUCAGUCAGCUUCUGGACACAAGCCCCAGCCCCAGGGCUGAUGCCUUGGCCGCCAGUUGA